AUGGUCGCUUUCAAAGCAAGCAUUAUAUCGCUGGCAGCGGCGGUGUUUGUGGCCAGCCCAGUGCUGGGGAUGUAUGACAAGGGCUCAGCUGUAAAGCAGCUCGGCCCGUCAAACUUUGAGCGGGUGCUGGGAAAAACCUCACAGCCGACGUUUGUCAAGUUCUACGCGCCCUGGUGUGGCCACUGCAAAACCCUGGAGCCUGAGUUUGAGCGCGCUGCCCAGAAAACACAGGGCAUUGCCAGGUUUUACGCCGUGGACUGCGACCAAGACAAGAAUCGCGGGCUGUGCGCACAGUUUGACGUAAAGGGAUUCCCCACGCUCAAGGUUUUUACUGAAAAGCGCACCAAGCGCGGCACGCGCCGGUCGGUCGACUACCAGGGCGAGAGAAAGGCGUCAGCGAUGGCCAAGUACGUGCGCUCGAUGCUGCCCAACUUGAGCAAGAAGCUGGCCUCUGACGAGCUCGAUGGGUUUGUUGCCAGCGGCAAGCUGCCCAAGGCUGUUUUGCUGACCGAACGCGCAAAGACCAGCGAGUUGUGGAAGGGUAUAAGCGCGCAGUUUGACCGCAGAGUGCAGUUUGCGCAUAUUUCAAACCCCGAAAAGAGCGCCCUGGAGCGCCUGGGCGUGAGCGAGCUUCCGGCCAUCGUUGUGUUCCCUAACCCAGCUGACACCAGCUUAUUUAGCGUGUAUAAUGGCGAGACAAAGUAUGCGCCGCUGGCCCAGUUUAUCAGCAGCGCUGUGUCCGAGAAGAAGGCCAAGGUUGAGACAACCGCGAAGCCUGACGUCCAAAUCACUCAAAGCGUAGAAGAAAUUGCAAACCAGGCCGAUCUUGAGCGCCAUUGCAUUAACCCGGCGGACUCCUCGCAGGUGCCCGUUCUAUGCAUCAUUGGAAUUGUGCCUCUGGAACCCGAGUACGAGGAAUCGCGCUCGGAGCACGCACAGGCAAUCAGUGAGCUGCAGGCAGUGCUGGAGCGUCAGCUUACUCGCGAUUCCAAUGCGUCCACAGCAGCUUUUGACGACGACAACGAUGACGAAGAUGAUGGUAAAUCGGAGCAGCAGAGGGAGAGCACUGUUGGAAAGGCCGGCUCUCCGUUCCGCGUAAUCCGCGACAUGUUUGGUCUCUCUGACGACCUCCCAUCGGCUGUUAUCAUCAACCCGCGCAAGAGCGCGUCGGCGCCGUACCGUGGAGUGUUUGCUGGUGAAGAUAUUUUGGAGUGGGCGAAUGCUUGCUACCAGGGUCACCACAUGCGGCGCUUUAUGUUUGACCUUGACAUCAGCAGCACUCAACCAGACAAGAAGGCAGCGGAAGCAGCCCAUGAGGAGCUGUGAUUUUUUCUUUUAUAAAAUCUCUUUUUUUCUAUUGUAG